AUGGCCAGUCAGCUCCAGCUAGCGCAGGCAGAAGGACUCUGCCUUCGUUAUCCUGAGAAUCUAGGACUUCAUCGCGAGGUCAACUUUGACUCAGCAGUCACCAUGCUUCUACGCGCCAUUCAAAUGGCCACAACGAUGCCUUUUACAUGGGGAUUUAUUGACAAACCGCAAGAGGGCCAGGUCAUUCUUAUCUUUAUUCCCAACCAUUCUCCGUUCCCGAACGACGGCAUAAGAUAUUUGGAACAAGAAGUUAAAUACAAUAUACCUGCUGGCAUGCGGGAACUCGAAGUAUAUGAAGCAAAGUUCGGUUUCGCUCCGGGUGUCGAUCAGACGGCAUGGCGUGUUCGCAGGCGGUACCGUCUUACAAAGGGCGGACAUCCACAGCUCAUUCUUAUGCAUUACUCGCGUGGCCAACCAAUAGCUGUUCCUCCACAAUUUUUGAACCAACCUAUCCGCGUCUACCCUCUCCGGCCUGUUACCGAGCCCGCAGUUUUUGUAUGUGGGGACAAGACAGGGCAAAAAGUUUAUCCCCCUGGGAUGGCCCCAGGACCUAACGUUGGGAUGGGGAUGGGGAUGGGGAUAGGCAUGAAUAUGCAGCAGCAGGCGAUGUUGGCUCAGCAGAAUAACAACAUGGAGAUUCUUGAACGGAAAAGGGAGCGGGAGCGUGCACGGGAGCGGGGUGCAAGUAUGGCUCCACGCCCACCUCCACGCGUCGAAGAAGAAGACUCAGGCGACGAAAUUGAUAUGAUUUCUACGAAGGCCCUGGCUCUCACACGAUAUCGCCGAAAUCACGAUAUCAUGAAUGCAGUCUUCAAACACGCAGCCUACGGGGGCAAAUAUACCCCUACUUUCCCCCCACCGUACUCAAUCUUCAACAAAACAGAGCUAGAAGACAAGACGAAUCAACUCUCGGCCGAGAUUGCGGCUCUCAAUGCUCGGGCCAUUGAACGAAAUGCAGCCAAGGCCUUGGCGGAGCAGGAGCGGCUACAGCAAAAGGCAGCUCUUGCUUUUGACCUAGGUGAUGCCUCUAUGGAGAAUCUCUCAGAUUCCAUUGUGGUAUAG